GACUGAUGACUGGUCUGGGAACAAUCAAUGUGCCUUGCUGGGGAUGAAUGGUUCAGCCUGAAAUCCGCAGAAAGAAGGAGAAAGCCGCGGAGUGGAUGGGCAAACUACCUACCUAGGAGUGGUGGAUUUCCUGUUCUGACCUCUCAUACUUAUACGCCUGUCUCUCCACGGACACACCUCCUUCUCUUGCGAGAUACGAUGAUCUGAGAUUCCGCUGUCAAUCUGAAUUUCUUUCCCCUUCCUCCAACUUCCCUCGUUGUGUUCCCAUUAUCUUUGCUUUUUCCUCCUACCCGUUCCCCAUGUCUUCCCAUCGCUCGCUUCGCUCCCGUGCCCCACGGGCGAGUUGGCCCGGUAAUGGCUCUAACAUUAGUACAAGGCGCACCCGACAAUCGCACGUGGCCGUCACUCCAUCGGUGACCGUGUCUCGAUCGCCACCAGACUCCCCAGAGGAGGCCAAACGAUCUAUCCAUCUCACAGUGAAGAUGCCUUCCAGCAAGCUGCGUGAGGUGACUGGGGGCGGCUCUCGAGCGGCUGCUCAGACUAAACGCUCGGUCAAUGUGUUUACUGAGUCCCCUAUCGUGAGUGGGCCACGAAACAGCCGAUCUAAGAAGAAGAUCGUGGAGGUGGACACCAGUGACGAAGACGAUCUGGAAGAAGAGGAUGAUGACGAUGACGACGAUGAUGAUGUUGAGGACGAAGAUGCCCCAGGGGAUGAAGAUGACGAUUUGGAUGCCGAUGGCGACUUGGAUAUGGAUGAUGUACCUCCUCGGCCGCCCAUAUCGAAGCGGCAAGCCAGGUCGAAUGUCACCUCCGUACCGGCGUCAAGAAGAGCAGUGAAAAGUGUCGAAGCCAAAGAAAUGGAGCUGGACGAUGAAGAUGAGGAGGUUGAGGAGGAUGAAGAUCUUUCGGACCUGGAUUCUGAUGGGGAAGGAGGAGCAGAUGACCAAGAACAGAGCAUCUUGCCUGACGAUCUGGCAGAUGCUCCCGGUGAAGAUGACGAAUUAGACGAGGAGGACGAAAUCGACGAGGACGAAGGAAUCGACAGUGAUGAGGCCACACCGGCUACGGGCAGUCGGCAAAGCACUCCAGAUUACAAUCGCUUAACGAAACGUCAGCGGGGGACAUUAGGAAAUGACUUCUUGCAACUUCCCAUGGAACCCCAAGUCAAGAAACAUUUGACAGCAGAGGAACGUGCCAUGCGCCGUGCGGAAAUGGCUCGACGGAGGAAGAAUCUCAGCGAGAAACGCAAUGAAGAAGAAAAGAUGGAUACUAUCAACAGACUCCUUCGAAAGCAAGCCCCCAAGCGCCGCGGCAGAGUCCCCGCUGCUGAGGCUGCUGGCGAUGCCACUCCUGGAGACCAGGAACUUCCGGAACAGGAGAAAGCCGAUCCUACCAUCGUUCGCUGGAUCAGCAAUCGCGACGGCUGUCUGGUGGGCGUCCCGGAAGAGUGGCUCGGCACUCCUGCUGGGCGUGUCUUCGGUGCAGCCCCGGCUGCACGCACCGACAGGAGAUUGGUUGAAGAAGUAUAAACGAGAAAUAUGGAGCUGGCGUAUGACAUGUACGAGUAUGGGAUCUGUUCAAAAUGGCCACUUUCUUUUGAGGGUAAAUGGGAAUGGGAUUGUUUCUGAAACGCAAGUUGCAAUGAUUUCGAAUAUUAUACCCUAUGUCAAAAUGAAAUCGACAUUACUUUGGACUUUCAGCAAUGGCAGUAAUGCCCAUA